AUGGUUACUGUUUUGAGAAGAAGCUACACCAUUGACGAGCUGUUCCAGUUGAAACCCGCCGCGGCCCCCGCGGAGCUGGCUGUGAACUUCGACGCGGUCGAAUUCUGCGCGCUCGUCGCGAAGGUCAAAGAAAUCCAGGCUGCUCGUGAGGAGGAGUACAUGGCGCACAACGGCGGCCGCAGAAGGUCUUCGCACCACUUUGCGCACACGAGACCGAAGGUGAAGCACAUGAAGCCGAAGGUGAAGACUGACGAGGACGGGUGGUCCACGUUUGAGCCUAAGAUGCCGUCCGAGACGGACCUUACCGAGGGCAACAAGCAGAAGUCAUCUGAUUCCCUGACUGCCGCGCAGGAGAAUGUGAGGGUGAGACCCAACAACAAGAACAUGGGGUCCAGCAGACCAGCUGACGCGAAGGAUAUCAUUGCCGAUAAGCAGAUUCUGGGCUUCAAUGCGUUCGCUGCACUGGAGAGCGAGUCUGAAUCGGACAACGAGUAA